AUGAUUCAUAAUCCAUACAACCAUCCUAUAAAUGAUAAUGAUAAUGAUGAUAGCGAUGAUAACGACAUAGAUUAUAGAGAUAAUUUCAAUCCAUAUCUAUAUCAAAAUAUGACUAAUAAUAACCAUUAUACACAAAAUCAAAAUAAUUUAAUACCAUACAAUAGUGUUAGCAGUAAUGGCGAUAUAAACAAUAUUAUUAGCGCAGAUAAUUUUUCAGACUCUUCUUCUACAUUCAAUCGUUCUCCAUAUUCAAACCCGAAUAAUAAUAUAAAUACAAUUUUAACUCCUCUAUCAUCAUCAUCGACAACAACGCCACCAGAUAUUGUCACUACAGUCAACAACAAAAAUAAUGAAAACAGCGAGAAUAACGUUCCUAUUAUUAUUAUUAUGAAACCUAGACCUUGUACUGGUGGUAUAGGUUAUGUUAGUGUAGAACUAGAAAGAAAUACAAAACCAACCGCCACGUAUUUAUAUAUAUUUGUCAAGGCGAAUGGAGAAGCAGACACAUUAAUUCCACUAUAUAUUAAUAUAUAUGGCCAUCCUGAUAAUACAAGUUCUGUUAGCAAUCAUUUAUUCAACAUUAAUGUUACAUUAAAGAAUCCAAUAGUAGAAUAUAAUAAAAAUACGCGUUAUUCAAAUCCUCAUUAUCCAUUAUCUGUCAACAGACUUAUAUCAGAAAAUACUCUCCCUUUAUUAAAGAAUAUGAAUAUUAAUAAUUUUAUAGGUGGUAGAAGCGUUAAUGUUAAUAGUAUUCUGGCUGCUAGUGGUGGGGUAUCAACAAAAGUAGCAAGUGAUAAUGUGAAAAAUCAAAUUGAUUCCGUUUUUAAUUCUUUAAUGAAUUCUGAUGAUAUUUCAGAAGCACAACCUGAUGAACGAUUGAUAACUCCAUUAUAUAAACAUCAAAAACAAGCAUUAUUUUUUCUAUUGGAAAGAGAAAAAUUCAAUGAUUUUACUAAUGAGGAAACCAAUGCCUUAACUUCUUUAUGGAGAACCAGAAGAAACGCAGAUCAUUGUUUGUUAAUGCCAAAUGAUCAUCAAUUAGUAACUCCGUUAUUAACCCCUGUAACUUCUCCAAGACCACCUAUCCAUUUUCAUCGUCUUCAUUAUCAUUCUUCAUCAGCAUUAGAACAACUUGCCGAUCUAGCUAUUAAAAAUGCAAGCGAGGAAGAUGGUAAUCAUGAUAAAGAUGAUGUUGAUGCUAAUAAAAAUAGG